CCACAUAAAACAGUCUUAAAAAUUAAAAACACUAAUUCCAGUGAUGUCAAACGGCUACAGCCACUCCCCUCCGCCGGUCCACCUCUGCUGCUUCCUCAUCAUCCUCUUCACCUUCCUCGGAAUCACCUGGUACAUCAACUACGAGUCCAUCUUCGAGGGCCUCUUCGAUCAGAUCAAGCUCCUCCUCAUGCUCUCGCCGCUGCUCCUCCUCCUCGCCGUGCAUUUGCUCUCCGCCUUCGACGCCUCCUUCUUCUUCCUCCCGCUGCCGGAGCAGGACUCCUUCCACCGCGCCGGCGGCACGCCCUGGGGCGUCGGCCUCCUGCUCGUCCUCCUCUUCUUCAUGAUCUCCUACCAGUCCGAUUUUCGCGAGCGCUGGUUCCCGCUGCUUAGUUGAUCAGGCGACGUCGUUUAAGGAUACUUGAUUAAACAAAUUAAAUAGUUUAAUCCUCAUGUUUUGAUGUGUAUAUUGUACAUCUUCUUCGAGUUUUCUUCUUGUUUUGGGCUACUUUUUUUGUUUUCUACUCUCUUUUUUGGUGUGUAGUUAACUUUUUAAUUAUUAAUCAGAGGGUUAGAGUUAAUGGUGUACUAUUAUAAUCUAUGUUAUUAAUUCUACCUUUUAGUUUGUUCU